AUGUUAGUAGAAGACAAAAGGAUCAUGAUAUGGAUUAUACAAUACGUGUUCUUCCUGCUGUCAUUUUUUAUCUUUUGGUGCAAAUGUGAUGAGAUUGUGGAUUUACUUUCUCCCUUCAGCGACUUGAAGAACCUGGUGGAACAAGUAGCAAAAGACGCAGCAAAAGUUGAUACUGUCAAAGUUGCUGAUCGAAAAUAUCCAUUGGCGUCUAUCGAAAUGGGCGCACUGGAGCAGAUCUAUCGAGACUGCGGCACGCAAGAAUCCAUUGCUUUGCGCACGUGGUGCAUAGACACUGAUGAAAAGUGGCAUUUUCGUGAGUCAAGCGAAAACAAACGUCUGUGUCCGCGAGGUGUUACGACACAUCCAUGUACAGGCCGGAUACUACAUCGCAAAAGAAGUUUGAUAGAGGAAGAAGUUGAGUACUUGCGGCCAUGGGAAGGCAUUCGUUGCGACGCUCUUACAGAGCCGACCACACUUACACAUAUCUAUCUUCCACGACAGUCAUUGCGAUGUGAACUUGCCAAACUUGAUUUGAGUGUCAUGAUUUCGCUUGAACAGCUCGACUUAUCAGACAACGAGCUAUUUGGAGGCUUUCCUGACUGGUUAGGCGAUAUGACAAUGUUGAGACUGCUUAAUCUUCGUGGAAAUCAUUUUUCGGGACAUAUUUCGUCGUCAUUAGCUGGCAACGAUGCUCUCGAAUUGAUCAAUUUAUCCAACAACAAGCUAACAGCGUCCACACUGCGCUACUUUGAUGCUUUUCAUCGGCUUCAACACUUGGAUCUUUCAAACAACAACAUCGAUCUAAGAUUAUCUAGCAGCUUGUUUAUCAGCGAGUCCUUGCGAAGCAUCAAUAUCAGCUACAAUGGGUUUCACGGAGAUCUUUCAAUGUUGCCAGCCUUUAAAUUUCUCGAGUCUUUCGACGUGUCGAACAAUUUUCUGACGGGAAAUAUCCCACCGCAACUUUCACUUUGGGGCCGUGAAGACCCUCACGACCCCGACGAAAACUCUUCUUUAGCCAUCGUUGACGUUUCAAACAACAUGUUCACCGGGAAUCUACCAGAGAUUUCGAACCAGUCAGUCUUGCAACGCUUCAAUGUACGCAAUAAUGGCUUCGGCGGACACAUUCCUACAUUUUCUCCGUCAUUGCAGAAAUUUGCAAGACCCGAUGAAUUUGACGGCAAUAUGUUUAUGUGUCCGGUGCCCGCUGAGCUAAUACAAAGCAAACUUUAUUGUGUUUGUGGGGACGGCUUUACCGUCAAGUCGACAGUGCAGCCUUCAGUUUUUAAAUCUGCUGAUGCGACUGGUGCCUCAGAACAUUUGGUGCUGGCAAGCGAAUUUGCUAACCGUUGUGUACGAUGCUCCAAAGGCUUUUACUCAAACUAUAGUACUCGUCAACAGUGCCGCCCAUGCCCACCUGGAUCUGUUCCAGAUUUAAAUUCAGGCAAAAGAGCUGCCAGCUGCACAUUUUGCCCUUCAGGUUCUUUUGCUAUCGAGAAGGCUUCGCAUUCGUGCACACCAUGUCCACCGGGAACAUUCGUGAACGGGACUGGUGCAACAUCGUGUGACUUGUGCAAUCCAGGAGAAUUCGCAACACAUCCGGGCUCUUCAAGUUGUACUGCUUGUGCUGUUGGGUCCUAUGCAAAUGUAACGGGGAUGUCUGCUUGCACUUUAUGUCCACCGGGAACGUACGUGAAUGUUGAGGGCGAGGCGGCUUGUCGUAUGUGCCCGAUUGGUACGUACAACUCGGGUCGAUCUGUUGGGUGCAGUUUGUGUCCAAUUGGAUCGAGUGCGCCGCAACUUGGUCAUGUCAGGUGCUCCUCUUGUUCCCCUGGAAAAUUCUAUGAUAUCAACACCAAAGCCUGUACAUUUUGUCGCCCAGGUACAUACACUAAUAAAUCCGGGCAAACUGAAUGCAAACUGUGUGAGAGCGGCACUGUGGCAGAAAAAUUUGGCAGCGACACUUGUGCUCCUAUAGCAGCUCCUGGAUCGGGAUACGAUACUUCGACGACUUUAGUGAAGUGCAAACCAGGAACAUUCAACGAUGGCAAGUUGAGGACGUGUCAACCUUGUCCGAUAGGAACUUUUGCAGCAAAUCGAAGCUCUCGGACGUGUUUGUUAUGCGCAAGAGGUAGCUAUGCAGCCAAUGUUGGCUCUGCACACUGUAAAUUAGCGCCUCAAGGUUCGUUUGUCCGGUUCGAAGGUGCGAAUCGAACAGAGCUCUGCGAUCCCAACACCGUUACUGCAAAGGAAGGAUCAACAUUUUGUAUUCAAUGUGCGACGCCUUCAUUUAGUUUUCUGCCUGGUGGCGUUAAGUGUGGUCUUGCUAGACCAGGAGAAGUUUACGAUCACGUGAAGUGGCCUCGCUUAGCUUUGAGCUUGGCAGGUGUGGAGCUACGAGAUCAUGUUAACGCAUCAAGUGAUCAAGAAUCACGACUCGAAGCACUCAUUCACAUAUGGACGGAAAUGCUGGUAAGCUAUUCGGGUUUGAGUUGUGUGCUGCACGUGUUGCAAGUGGUAUCCAGGCCAAAUCAUUCCACCCAGAUUUUUGUUGCGGUUGAGCCGACCAUUGGAUCAGCAAACGAGAGUCAAUUUGACCAAAGAAUGAAAAAUUAUGUCGGCGAUACUAUACAGCAUGUUGUUGAAGCUGCUAAAAAGACAACAGAAACUUUUUUGAGUAAACCUGAUCUAUCUCAAAUUGACAACAGGGAUAAAGAAAAUGAUGUCAAUCAACUCAGACAUCUAGUAAGAUCAAAAUUGUUUCAAGAAGCGUUGGUACGCCAGAUCAAUCGUGCUAAUCUGAUAAAGUGGCCGUUGUCCUAUGGUAUGGUCAACCUGUCAAUGGUCGAACCUCCAUUUAGCUCAACUCGGGCAUUAAAAUGCCCCUUUGGAACAUAUUUCUCGACAACGAAAGACUUGAACAAAAACGAACGCAAGUGUCUACCGUGUCCCAUUGGAUCGUAUUCCAGAGUAAGUGGUGCUUUGCAAUGUGAACUAUGUCCUCAAGGAUCCUUUUCAUCAGAAAAAGGACAAAAUUCAUGUCAUUCGUGUCCGCUCGGUGCUGAUGCUACACCUGGCUCUUCGUUUUGUGUCAAUUGCUCGUGGUUCACGUAUGAAUGUGAAGGUUUCUGGCAAGACUUGAUUGCUACGAUGUGCGGUGGUUUAGUGUUCUUGCGAUUGCUGUAUCAGAAACUUCGGAUUCUAUGCAUGGGUGACCAAGCUGUGCAGCAACAAGACGAGAGCGCAGCGUUAAUGACAGCCGUGCGUACUCAUGGUCGUACUAUUGAUGAUGUGCGGUACGCGCCCAUGGGUAUGAUCUCAGCUGAAGCCAUGUUUGGCAGCAUGUGCGAGUCAGAUAACCGUCUGUAA